AUGGAGGGAAGAUUCCUCGCAUUGUCCAUCCUCUUCCUCUUCUUCCUCUGCUUCCCCAUCUCGUCAGAUUCCCAGAAGCUCGAUCGAUCAGCAAGCUUAGUCAACCAAGAACACGUCCAUGCAGAGGUUACAAUCAAAGAGAUAAAAGGAGAAAAGGAAGAUAAGAGCAUCUACAUCUUCCGGGCAGGUAAAGGAAGUCAUGGAGUUACAGGUGGAAGAGGCGGAGGCCGGAAAGCACCUCCAAAACGUAAUGCUGCCAUGGACCAUCUGCCACCAUUGUUCUUCUCCGCCGCCUCUGUUCUCUUUACCGGUUUUAUAAUGCUUUCAUUAACUUCUCUCUGA